AUGUCGGCAUUGCAAGACCUUAUUCCCACUGUCAACAAGUUGCAGGACAUUGUGACUAACACCAACUUGACCGAUUUGGACCUGCCCAUCUUAACAGUCAUUGGAUCUCAGUCGGCUGGUAAAUCUUCCGUUUUGGAGAACAUCGUCGGCAAAGAUUUCCUUCCUAGAGGUACCGGAAUUGUGACCAGACGGCCCUUAAUUUUGCAGUUGAUCAAUAUUAAAGAGGACGACCCUUUGGUGCAUAAAUCGGAUUUUGAGGCAGACCAAGAUCAUUCGGAAGUCACUUUAGAGGAUCAUCUUAGAAAUGCAGGCGCCAGUCAGGUCGAACCUGCUGAAUGGGGAGAAUUCUUGCAUCUGCCUGGUAAGAGAUUUUACAACUUCAACAACAUCAGAAAGGAGAUUGAAAACGAAACGUCUAGAAUUGCGGGAAAAAACAAAGGAAUCAGUAGAAUACCGAUCAACUUGAAGAUUUAUUCCCCAAAGGUCCUCAAUUUGACCAUGGUCGAUCUGCCGGGUCUUACCAAGAUUCCUAUUGGCGACCAGCCAACCGACAUCGAAAAACAGAUUAAGAACCUUAUUCUGGAGUACAUUUCCAAGCCGAACUCGAUCAUUUUAGCUGUUUCUCCAGCCAACGUGGAUCUAGUGAAUUCCGAAUCAUUGAAGCUCGCCAGACAGGUCGACCCUCUCGGGAAGAGAACCAUCGGUAUUCUCUCGAAACUUGACCUGAUGGACCAUGGCACAAACGCUCUUGACAUUUUGACGGGCAAGGUUUAUCCUCUGAAGCUUGGUUUCAUUGGUGUGGUUAAUCGGUCGCAGCAAGAUAUAUCUGUGAAUAAAUCUUUGGAGGAAAGCCUGAGAGCUGAAGAGGAGUUCUUCCGGUCACAUCCUGCCUACAAAAAUAUUGCAGGUAGAUGUGGUACCGCAUUUUUGGCCAAAACCCUGAAUAAAACGUUGAUGCAUCAUAUCAGGGAGAGACUACCGGAUAUCAAAGCGAAACUCAAUACUUUGAUGGGCCAGACGGAGCAGGAGUUGGCUUCUUAUGGUGAUCUCAAUAUAGUCUCGAAACAAAACAGAGGCUCUCUCAUUUUGAUGCUGAUGAACAAGUUUGCGAACAACUUCAUAAGCUCCAUUGAGGGUAACUCGAGCGAAAUCAGUACCAAGGAGCUUUGUGGGGGUGCAAGAAUCUAUUACAUCUACAACGAAGUCUUUGGGAAUUCCCUUUUAUCAAUCAACCCUGUGUCAAACCUACCGGUUCAAGACAUAAGAACUGCAAUCAGAAACUCAACCGGCCCUAGACCCUCAUUGUUUGUUCCUGAGCUGGCUUUCGACCUUCUGGUGAAGCCACAAAUCAAACUCCUCGAGAGUCCCUCCCACAGAUGUGUGGAACUUGUGUAUGAGGAGCUCAUGAAGAUAUGCCACAACUGUGGUUCUCAGGAGCUUAGCAGAUACCCAAAGCUACAGACAAAAUUGAUUGAGACGGUAUCUGAAUUGCUGAGAGAACGGUUGGGCCCUACCACAAAGUACGUUGAAAGCCUGAUAGAGAUUCACAGAGCUUACAUCAACACGAACCAUCCAAAUUUUGUGGGGGCAGCAGCUGCUAUGUCAAGUGUUGUGGAAGAGAGACAGAAACAGAAACAGAAACAAAAGAGUAAAGACCAUGCCAGGUCGCCAAACGGUUCGGUGCCUCUUGAGAAUGGCACGUCAUCGCACAAAGUUUCAGAUGCUGGUUCCAGGGCUGAGGAGUUGAGAGAGUUGGAAAGGAAAUCUUCUAACACAUCCACAAGCGGCGAUAAGGAGCUCUUCUUGAACUUCUUCUUCGGCAAAGAUCAAUCCCAGAAUUCGUCCUCUCCGCCAAGCCAGCCCCAACCAUCCCAAUUCCCAAGUGAACCCGACGGUCUGCAAUUCAACAUACCUUCGCAGUCUCCUAUAGAGAAGAAAAUGGAACAUCUGAACAUGAAGGAGGAGGAAGAGCUUUCUGAAAGAGAAGAGCUUGAAUGCGAGCUGAUCCGCAGGCUGAUCAUCUCCUACUUCAGUAUUGUGCGAGAGAUGAUCCAGGACCAAGUUCCUAAAGCUAUCAUGUGCUUGCUGGUCAACUUUUCAAAGGAGAGCGUUCAGAACACUCUUGUGCAAAAGCUGUACCGUGAAGAGCUUUUCGACGAGCUGCUUUAUGAGGAUGAGAAUUUGAGCCAGGAGAGAGAGAAAUGCGAAAAACUACUGGCUACAUACAGAGAAGCCGCCGCUAUCAUUAGCGAAGUUGUUUAA